GCGUCUUCCCCAUCGCCCUGUAACCUCCGCACAGUCCACCACCCACUCCACACACCCCUCCUCCUCCCUUUAACGCAUAUCUGGAGCCAAGCAUGCCACAACAGCCGCCUGGUAUCUACCUCUCCUCUCUCAAAGUCCGCAGCGCGCAGGCAGGUUUCUCUGGUCCGAGAGUGCAGCGCGGAGCCUGUACCAAGUGAUGCCACUUCCACUGCGGCCCCACCACUGCCUCCGCCGUCAACACACACCGCCUCUGCCGCUCCAUCUGCCAGUCGCCUGCAGCUUUCGAGAGGACCCCACUGCAUCCCACCUAACAGAAGCGUCCUGAGCCUGGGCAGCGAGCAAGCCAAGAGAAGACAGAUACGCAGGGAAGAAGGAUAGGAGGAGAGGCGAGGAGAGCCCCCCCUGGUUCCCCCCUCUGUGGUCAGGAUGUCCGACUGCAACGCAAGUCCAGCAGACCGGGUGAUCAAAACGGUCCCCUUCCCCCUGGCCCACCGGCUCACUAUGAAGGAGGUGUUUGAUGCAGAGGGUCGGCCGCGGGUGGACCUGCUCAAAGCCCACCUGACCAAAGAGGGCCGUCUGGAGGAGACUGUGGCACUGCGCAUCAUCGACGAGGGGGCAGCCAUCUUGAGACAGGAGCGCACCAUGUUGGACAUCGAGGCGCCGGUCACAGUGUGUGGAGAUAUUCACGGACAGUUCUUUGACCUGAUGAAGCUGUUUGAGGUGGGCGGGUCUCCUGCUAACACGCGGUACCUGUUUUUGGGUGACUACGUGGACCGGGGCUACUUCAGCAUCGAGUGCGUGCUGUAUCUGUGGGCUCUGAAAAUCCUCUACCCAAAGACGCUGUUUCUUCUGAGAGGGAACCAUGAAUGUAGACACCUGACCGAAUACUUCACCUUCAAACAAGAAUGUAAGAUCAAGUAUUCGGAGCAGGUGUACGACUCAUGUAUGGAGGCCUUUGACUGCCUGCCCCUCGCUGCUCUCAUGAACCAACAAUUUCUGUGCGUUCAUGGAGGACUCUCCCCUGAAAUACACACACUGGACGACAUCAAGAAGUUGGACCGGUUUAAGGAGCCCCCAGCCUUUGGGCCCAUGUGUGACCUGCUUUGGGCCGACCCUCUGGAGGACUUUGGGAACGAAAAAACUCAAGAGUAUUUUGGACACAAUACGGUCAGAGGCUGCUCAUACUUCUACAGUUAUCCGGCCGUGUGUGAAUUUCUUCAAACCAACAACCUACUGUCCAUUAUCAGAGCACACGAGGCCCAGGACGCAGGAUAUCGGAUGUACAGGAAGAGCCAGACCACAGGUUUCCCUUCUCUCAUCACAAUCUUUUCCGCUCCCAACUAUUUAGACGUCUACAACAACAAAGCUGCUGUGUUGAAGUACGAGAACAAUGUGAUGAACAUUCGUCAGUUUAACUGCUCUCCUCACCCGUACUGGCUCCCCAACUUCAUGGACGUCUUCACCUGGUCCCUGCCCUUCGUCGGGGAGAAGGUGACGGAGAUGCUGGUGAACGUCCUCAGUAUUUGUUCAGACGAUGAGCUUAUGAACGACGGAGAUGAAAUUUAUGACGCCAGUGCAGCGGCCGCCAGGAAAGAGGUGAUCAAAAACAAGAUCAGAGCAAUCGGGAAAAUGGCCAAGAUGUUCUCAGUCUUACGGCAAGAGAGUGAGAAUGUUCUGACCCUCAAAGGUCUAACCCCGACUGGAAUGCUGCCCAGUGGAGUUUUAUCUGGAGGCAAACAGACUCUGCAGAGUGCCACCAUUGAGGCCAUAGAAGCCAUCGAGACAGUGAAGGACGCUGAAGCGAUCCGAGGCUUCUCCCCUCAGCACAGAAUCAGCAGUUUUGAAGAGGCGAAAGGACUGGACCGAAUCAACGAACGAAUGCCCCCAAGACGAGAUGCGGUCAACUCUGUGGGCUUGUCUAUGGGCAGAAUGAACAUGGCAGAGCCCAAUGGAACAGACAACAACAGCAAUAUACAGUGAUACACAUACACACACAUAUAUAGUGUACAUAAGCAUAUAACACAAUACUAAUAGGCUACACUUGAGAAUAUAGCCCUCCCCAUUGUAAAAGGUGUGAGCUCAAAUGGACCUCUCUACGGGCUACGCUAAUGGACUACAACUCCCAGAGGACUACAAAUCCCAGAGGACAGAGGGCUCACCUGUUUAUGCGGAACGUUGUGGCAUGAGUAAACUGUGUCUGGUGGAAUGUUGUGUCGAAAUGGAGGCUGCACAGUUCCUAAAACAGGAAAAAACUGGAAUAUUUUGGGUUGUGGAUAAUUCUGCCUGCGUGCGUGCAAUGCUUAACCAUGUAAAUGUGUGUGCAGUUAUACAUAUACAUAUUAUAUAUAUUUGGAAAAGUGUGUUUUUUCUUCUUUUCUCGCUGGAGCGCGGGAAAACAAGACAUAUGGACAAUAUGAAUCUGAGCCUAUAGUUUUAUUAUACUAGGAGGACAAUGAAUUUUGUUUUUGUAGACACUGGACCCAUGGAAAUGAGUGGAUUUUCUUUAGACCACCUUUAGACCCCCUUAAAUCUUGGUUUAGAACUCAGUUAGACCGGUCUGAACGUGUUGUGGUCCUGGGACAGUCUCAGAGGAGGAUUUUGCCAUUGUAUAUGGAGCAGAACAUUGGUAGUACUCAUCAAUAUUUCCUUUUUAACUAACAUAUGCAAACUCUAUAUUAAGGAAAACUAAUUAAAUAUGUCACCAAGAGACAAACAUAGCUUUAUUAUUAAAGAUUUUACCAUCUGAGUGCUGGUUUGGAGCGCAAACAACACACAAAAGAAGGUUGCUAAAGGUUGUUAAAGAAACUACCGUAUAUGAAGUUAAGGUAGAAUAAACUGAUUGAGGGUGCAUUCGUGUUUCAAAGGAAUCCGACACUCUCCCCAUUACAUUUUAGUAUUUAAUCAAACUCUUCGCUGGGGUACACAACAUGUUUUUGUAAAUGAAAAAAAUGUUAUGUUACCCCUCAAAAUUGUAAAAGCAGCACAUUUUUAUUUUAUUCCUUGUGAACCCGGAAAAAAGCGCACUCUGAUUGGCUGUGCGUGGCGGUCCAGCCACUUCCAUUUUGCUGAAAAUGCUGUUCUAAUUCUGCCCCUAAAAUAUUAAUGAUGUGCCAAAGGGCUUGUGAGAUUUACAUGUUAGAUUUAAAUACCUACCUCCGUCUGCGGUGUGAAAAUCAGGUACUCCAGCUUUAAAAGUACUUCUGUAAACCCAGGCCUGCUUAGUUGCUCUAGGGUAAAUUUGUCCCAUGCUUCAGUCUCUCUGGAGUUUAACUUGGAUAGUUCUAUCCAGAUCUGUUCCAAGAUCUUGGUCAAGCGUACCUAGCAGGAGGAAAGUGAGUUGUUUUUAUGAUUACAAAAUUAGCAUAGAUUUUCACUUUUCUAGUUUAUCACAGUGUAAAAAUCUAGGGCAUUGUUCAUUCACCCUGUAGUGGUUAGCUGCUAGUGUAGUCACAGCUGCCCUGGAGCUGAGUAACAGAAAUAUGGCUACAAAAUAGCACCAUUGACAUCUCCAAGCUUCACUAAAUCAACAUUAACACACCAUUCAUACAUAGAGAAGGUGGGAGAGAUGUCUUGCCAACUACACAAUAGUUCGGACUGGUCUGAUCCAGGAUAGAACUGUUGAUCCUUGGGUAUAAGAGCGAGCGCUUUAACCACUAAGCCACUAAGCCAUUUACUUUAUUUUAUAGUGCAUUUGCCCAAACAAUUCAAUUCAAUUCAUUUAUUUUUGUAACGCCCAAAAUCACAACAACAGUUGUCUCGAAGGGCGUUCAUGUUUUGGUUGAUGGGGGAAACCGGAGGAAACCCAUCCAGACACGGGGAGAAACAUGCAAAACUCCACACAGAAAGGCCUGGGCGACCCGGAGAUCGAACCAAACCCUCUUGCUGUGAGGCAUGAGUGUUGCCACUCAGCCACCGUGCUGCCUACACACAAAAACAAAACAACAGAAAAAAACAACAAAACAACAGAAAAAAUCAGAUCAAAUCAAACAAAACUCAAAAUCCUCACCUUUCUCUUAUCUGUCCCUGGACCAGUCUGCUUAGUCGGUGUGAGUGUAAAUAUGAAGUUUUUCCUUGCACAUUAUCAAAUAUGCAGUACGUGCAGUAGUCCAACGCGCCUGUAUCCAUGCACCCAUCCUUCUCUGGGCCCAUAGGUGGCGCUGUCCGCUCACAUGACAACGAUGACGGCUGGGAAUCCUCUAGUUUAGAUUUAAAUGACUGAGAAAGUGAAAAAGGUCUUUGUAAAGCAUUUAAAAACUCCUCGGUGCAUGCAUGACUUCAGUUCUUUGAUAAAACGUGACAAUUUCUGUUUGUUCAAAUGUGCUGCGUGUGUCACUACUAUCGUAAGGAUUACUUUCUCUCAUUUGGCUCAAUAUGAAGUUAUUUAUUUUGUACAUAACAUUUUUGUAUUCAUUUUGUGUUCUUUCAAUCAUUGGACACUGUAUAGACUUGACUGUAUGCUACUGCCCCUUUCCUCCCUUCAAUGUUCCCUCUACUACUUUGUACAUGAAUUGUUUUAAAAAAAUAUGAAUAAUAUUGAUAAACUAUAAAUAUAUAUACAGUAAUUAUCUUAAUGAAUGACCUUAUAUUAUAUUGUAAACGGCAGAGGGCAGCCAUAAGCAUGAUUUGCAUGGUUAAAAACUUGAAAGAUCCUGGAUUGGUUGCCAUGUAUACUGACAGUUCCUCUUGUUACCAUGGAGAUUAUAAUUAUAUUUAUGAUAUAAUGGACGUUUUCUUGAUAUCUUAAGCCAGUAACACUUUCUAUCUCGCUCUCUUUGGUUCAUUAUAUUGUGCUUCUUUGAGAGACCCUCCUCAAAGCCCUGUGCCAUAGAAAUUGUGCCAUGAUUUAUUUCAUUUUUGUACAAUUUUAAAGUGCAUAUGACACAUUUAUAUUGAUGUUUAUAUUUUACUAAAACAAAUCUUGCUUCAUUUUUUCCUAUAGUUUGACAGUUUUCGGUUAACUGUUACCUGCAACCAUAAUGUUAACUUGUCUAAAUUACACAAUUGUCAUGAUUAGGUACAGAGAGAUGACAACGCCUUUAUUUUGUUUAAUUAAUGUUUAAAAUAUCAGAAAUAGACAUAAAUUGUCUGUAACUUUUGGUUGGAAAUUGAUAGACAGAGGCGGGUGCUUUUUUGAACCCAGCACUACUUUCUGUACUUUUCAACUUUUAUUUUUCAACUUUUCUUCACAAACUGCCACUUGGCUGAACUAAAACUAUAAUUUAUAUUUACCAUAGAAACUAUUCCACCAAACAAAAUGAUACCUGUCAAAAGCCUGUCAUAUGCACUUAAAAAAAAAAUUUCUUGUUAUAAUUGACUUGAGUUUUUCCCCGCAGUUUUUCCGUUUGGCUCCCAGUCACUAACACUGUACGCAUGCCCCACGGGACGAUACACUUUUUUACUCUUGAAUAAAAUAUGCAUGAAGCUUU